GAAUUAAUAUUAACUAAAGUACUUGUGACCAUGUCGGAGCCGGAGCUGGAUGCAGCUGUUAUUAAAGCCACACAGCAAAGCCUGGGCAAGUGGAUCAAGAAGCCGCCGCUAACAGAGAAGCUGCUGAGGAAGCCUCCAUUCCGCUACCUCAUGGACAUCUUUACAGCGUUUAUUAAGGAAACGGGCUGUCUUGAGGGUCUCUAUACGCCGGAGGAGCAACUCUUUGAAAACAUCAAUGAUCGCAAUGACAAAAUGCGGUUCCUGCAAAAGAUGAUCGAUGUCACAAAGCUUACGACGAAGCAGGAUCUCAAGGUGCGCACCUCCAAAAUUGUGGCCGGCCAUGAGCCGAAGCUGACGAAUGAGCUGCUACAGGCUAUGGCCAGCAUAAUGGAGCAGCGUCUGGAAUGGCGUGAUGCAGUGCAGCAAGUUUUGGCCAAGGAGACCGAAAAGCCUAAGCCAGUGAAGGCAAAGGAAGGCAAGCUGAGCAGCAAGCAAAUCUCUCCAACUGCCAAGGAACAGCCGAUGGCACGCAAGGAGAAGCGCAUCUCGCCCCAGGAGCAGAAGCUGCGGAAAGCAACGGAUCAGGUGACCCAGGACAAGGAGAAGAAGCCUCAGCGCCGGCAUAAGCCCUCUCCGGAAGCGGAAGCCAAGCCCAAGCCGAGCCGGCAGAGCUCCAAGCACAAGACUCCAUCCCCUGUAAAGCCCCCAGGAAAAGUUAAACAAGCUUCAACAGACAGCGAAGCAAAGUCCAUGUCGCCGGCUCCUGCUGCACCGGCUCCGCCCGCUCCGCCCGCUGCACCCGUUACACCUGCAGCAGAUGCCCCCGCACCUGUCAAACUACCCUCGCCUGUCGCCUCACCCAAGCCAACUAGCGCCCCGCAGAGUCCUCCGCCCAAUGCUCAACAGCUGACGGCGGAGCCUGCCGAGCCGGAGAGCCGCAAGUCCUCUGGCAAAAGUCGGCGCUCCAGUGCCACUCAGCGCGCAGCGCCGACCGAACCGGAUGUUGCAUUGGUCAACAACGAGGCUAGCGAGCAGAGCCAGGCCUCCACUGUUCCCAUCUCCGACUCCACACAUCACAAUAACAGCAACAACAACAACAGCGAAGUCAAGCGCGAAGGCACCUUUACGCGCGAUAACUCGAAGGAAUCGAACGGCUCCUUGAGUCGCCCUCGCACCUCGCUGCGGCCGCCCAGCGCACGUCCCGCCUCGGCACGGCCUGGAGCACCACGGCGUCGCAACGUGGAAAUUGUGCUGCAGCCGAACGACCAGCUGAAGAUGUCGGGCAUCAAUGUUAAGCUGGAGACCUUUGGGGACUUUGAUGACGAUGGCGAGAAUUUGGUGGUCAUCGAGGAUGCUAAUGCGCAUGACAUAGACACGGGUACAGCGCAGGCCACGUCGGAUAUGGAUGCACAGCAGCAGGGCCAGGGCCGUCUGGUUCAGCAAAUAUUGGACACUCAGAAGGAGCUGGUUGCUUCGCAGGUAAGCGAACCAGACAAGGAGGACGCUCAACAGACGCAGAAGACGCCAUCGGCAGGCACGCGCCAUAGCUCGGCAAGGCAAGUGAACGAUCUGCGGGAUAUCAUACAGACCCUCACCAAGUCCGUGAAUCCGCUGGGUAAGCUUCUGGACUUCUUACCCGAGGACAUCGAUGCCAUGCAGCUGGAGCUGACCAUGUGGCGGGAAGCCUACACCCAGGCAGCGGCUGAGCUAAAGCGGGAGAGAAGCCUCACGGCCUCCGCAACGGAGCCCAUAAAGCAGCAGCUGCUCUCCAUAGAGGCCAGCAUUGACGAGUACAAGGACCUGGUCGACGAGAGUCGUCAGAAGAUUCUGCAGAACAACGAGCGACUGCUCAAAAUGCUGAUGGAGCAAUGAUAUAAGAAAUUACAUAUGCGAAGGCAGCUUGUGGCUCUUCAGGCUACCCUUGCAUAAUAGAGUGCAUUAAUCUAUAAUAGUCCCUAGAAAUGUUAUAGUUGCAGUACGUCGCGUAAAUAAAUCUAUACUCAAAUUUC